AUGGCAGAAAGGAAUUCCGGCAAGACGCGGCGCCGCUCGACGGCAGGAAAGGGCCCACGAGCCUCAGCCGCCGCCUCCGGCCCUACAUCCAUCUCAUCCCGCCUCACGACUCCCGCCAGUUCAGCGUUACCAUCCGCAUACACCUCAGACGCCGAGCUUGCCAUGGCCGACUCUAUCGCCUCCCUCACCAGCAACAUCGGCGCCCUCACCGUCCAUGUACCCCUCUCCAACAAGCCACCCAAGCGAAAGAGGCCGCCGCCCUUUCGCUUCUUCGACCUCCCGUCCGAGCUUCGCCUGAAGGUUUACGAGUUCUACUUCGCCGAUGUCGGAGAUGUCCUCGAUCUCGACCACGAUAACCACAAGCGCAUCCACAAGAAGCUCAUCAUCUUCAAGACGUGCCGCCUGGUAUACCGGGAGGCCAGCUAUGUCUUCUACGGGUCCCGCGCCGUGCGCAUCUUCCCCAUAUGGGGCAAGUUCUUCAAGACCAAGAAGCCGCUCCUCGCCCGCAUGUCCGCCAACCAGCGCGCCAGCCUCACGACCCUCGAGCUGCGCCUUGGCCCCGGCUGGAACCGUCCGCCGCGCGGGUGGGUAGUCAACGACGCGCUCGGACUCAAGGGCUGCGUCAAUACGCGCCGCAUCAAGGUGUUUGUGGAGUUCGACCCGAGCAACGACAUCUUCAAGGGCUUCCGCCGCUCGGACGGGUUCUACGAGCAGUUCUCGAAGGACCUGCUCGAGGGCGUGCUCAAGGAGAUGCCCUGGUGCAGGACCGUCGAGUUCGACGCCAACCCCAGCGUCAAGAAGAACGGAGCCAUGAUGUUGGCCCUGCUGGAGGCCGUCCACGCCAUGGACUGCAAGCUGGCCUGGGGCCCCGAGAAGGGCUGGGACGACGGGGACGAGAUAAUACCUCCCGAGGUGAUCCCGAGCAACGAGCCCAUCGGCACGUUUGCGGAUAUGUUGAGCGGUCAUCCGGUCGACGCCGACGCCGACGCCGACCUCGUUGUCCAGACCCAUGGAUACGACCCGAACAUCCAUAUAACGGUGUUCGCAUGA